UAGAAUUAACAGUGCUCCACCAGUUCAGUUAAAAUGAAAUCGCUUGCUCUGAAUAAUGCUAAACGCUACCCAGAAUCGAAUGCAGCUAUUAAAUCCGAAGGUCUGGCAAUGCUAACGUAUCAUCUUUUUGAGGACAAUUAUCUUCUUGAAGAGAUCGACAGGAUUAUUAGAGAACGAUGGAAAACUAUUGGACGCACUACGAGAUAUGGAUGGUUGGCUGCUUAUUCACAUAGGAAAACUAUCGCCCAGGACGAAGCCAAAGUGCUUACUGGCCUAGCAAAUAAGAUUGGAUUAGAAAAUUGUGGCGAAGCUAUUGACAGUAUCCGAAAGAUUUCUAAAUACUUGCAUCCUAAUGAUAUACCUAGCACAUCUAUGAUAAUACUAAAUGAGACGUACAUGGCGCUGAUGCUGAGAAAACGCAGAGGAUCAAAAUCGAGUAACAAAGCUAUGAAGGAUCAAUUUCCUACAGUCUUCACAAUCUCCGAUAAUUGCUGUUUGCCUAGCUCCAGCAUCAGAUAAAUGAUCCUGAACUUCGGAAUUAUGACAAAUGAUA